AUGCUGAAGGUAUUUCGACAUCUUGUCACAAUUUUCUUUGAUGUGGAUUCGUUUUCUUUCUUUCUUUCUUUUUUCUUUAUUUUCUUUGUUUCUUGCUUUUUCUUUCUUUCUUUUUACUUUCUUUCUUUCUUUUCGCUCUUUCUUUCUUUCUUUCUUUCUUUCUUACUUUCUUGUUUCUUACUUUCUUACUUUUUUAUUACUUUCUUUCUUAUUUUCUUUCUUUCUUUCGUAUUUUUCUUUCUUUCUUUUUUAAUUUCUUUGUUUCUUACUUUUUUCUUUGUUUCUUACCUUUUCUUUCUUUCUUUUCGUUCUUCUUUUUUUCUUUCGUUCUUUCUUUCUUUCUUUCUUACUUUCGUCCUUUCUUUCUUUUUUCUAUCCUGUCUUUCUUAUUUUUUUAUUACUUUCUUUCUUAUUUUCUUUCUUACUUUCUUUUUUAGUUCUUUCUUUCUUUCUUUCUUUCUUUUUUUCUUUCUUUCUUUCUUAAUAUACCGUUAUCUAUCUAUCUAUCUAUCUAUCUAUCUAUCUAUCUAUCUAUCUAUCUAUCUAUCUGUAAUUCUCUUCGUAUCUAUCUAUCUAUCUAUCUAUCUAUCUAUCUAUCUAUCUAUCUAUCUAUCUGUAAUUCUCUUCGUAUCUAUCUAUCUAUCUAUCUAUCUAUAA